CAUACCACAGCUGACAUCCUCAAGAAACCUCCGUGUACGACAGUUUUCAAAUGUGUAUUUUUAAAAACAUAAUUUUAAUGCCAAUGAUCACUUAUUGUUAAACAUCCAGGUAUUAACAGGAUUAAUGAUAGGCGUCUUCAGUUUACACGCGCUGUGUGUAGCGGAGAGGAGGAUGCUCGGAUGAAGACGAGUAGCGCGGAGAGACUGUGAAGCAUCCGCAUCCCGACCAAUCAAAUAGACAAUAAAAGACAUGAUGGAGGGGCGAGACGAGUUUUUAUGCGGUGUUGUAGAGGGUUUUUACGGGAGGCCUUGGUCAGUGGAGCAAAGAAAGGUGCUUUUUCAAUGGAUGCAGAUUUGGGGUUUGAACACAUAUCUAUAUGGUCCUAAAGAUGAUCUGAAGCACAGGUUACUAUGGAGGGAGGUGUAUUCAGCAGAUGAAGAGGCUCAGUUGAAAGCUCUGGUUUGUGAAGCAGAGUUGAGGGGUCUGAGGUUUGUGUACGCUCUUUCCCCUGGACAGGACAUCGUCUUCUCCAGCCCUUGUGACCUCACACUACUUAAACGCAAACUUAGACAGGUGGCAGACCUGGGCUGUCAGGCUUUUGCCCUCCUUUUUGAUGACAUUGAUCACUCCAUGUGCCAGUCCGAUACUGAGGCCUUUUCCUCAUUUGCUCAUGCCCAGGUCUCCGUGGCCAAUGAGAUCUUCCAUUUCUUGGGGGAGCCACCAGUCUUCCUAUUCUGUCCAACCGAGUACUGUAGCUCUCUCUGCAUUCCUAGUGUCUCAAAGUCUCCAUAUCUGCUGACAAUUGGGGAGGACUUACUCCCUGGCAUCUCUAUCAUCUGGACCGGAAAUAAGGUGAUAUCAUGGGAACUUAGUGCUGAUUCACUAGCAGAGGUCCAAUCUGUGCUUCGGCGGCCUCCCCUUGUUUGGGACAACCUCCAUGCCAAUGAUUAUGACUCCCGACGUGUCUUCCUGGGGCCUUUUAAGGGUCGCCCCCGCGGACUGAGGGCCCAUCUCAGUGGUCUGCUUCUAAAUCCAAACUGCGAGUUUGAAGCCAACUUCAUCCCUCUGCACACUUUGGGGAGCUGGCAUAAAGAAGUGAAAGUGGAGGGGAAAGGUGAUGAAGAGGCCUAUAGUGUGGAGAGAGCUCUGUCAGCUGCUCUACAAGAUUGGAUGAAAGAACUCAGCCAUCCCCUACAGCCUGGACGUCAGGUGAGGCCAGUAGAUCUCAAGCAUUCAACACCCUCUGUUAAAUCGAAGUCCUCCGAUAGCUCAGAAAAUCAACAUGGAGCCCAGCCCAAAUCUCCCAUAACCUCCUCCCAGAGCUCAGGGGCCCUUGCUAGCAAUGAGAUCCCAGCAGACCCUGUUACGAGUCAGGAUCUGAAAGCUGCAGAGAAUCAGGUCUCCAGGAGCUCCAGCCAUGAAAAGACCUCAAGAAAGGGAUUGUGUUCUGGGAGGUCUCCUCUAAGUGAGGACCAGGUCCGACUGCUGGUUGGCCUGUACUACCUGCCGCAUGAACACGGGCCACCUGCUCAGAGUCUGCUGCAGGACCUGACGUGGCUUAAAGCCAACUGUCACUGCGUCAGUGUUAAUGGCAACGGCAAGAAGGCCUCACCGCAGAAGGUAGAGGAAUGGCGUGCCCGUGCAGGCCGGUUCCUGGCUUUGUGUGAUGAUGUGGCUUUACUGCACAGCACUGUAGUCAACAGCAUCAAUAGGGCUGUUCUCUACGACCUUUACCCUUACAUCUGGGACCUGAGAAACACCCUGCUGGUGGCCAAAGCUUUCAUCUGCUGGUUGGAGGGUCGUAUAAUGAGUGAAAGUUCUCCACUAGGCUCCUGGAAGAACUGCUUCCACUGGUGUGGAGCCUCCUCAGGGGCGGAGCUUCUUGGUGUGGAGGCAGAGCCAUGGGUAUUUAAAGGGGGGCUGUCAGGAGAGGUGCAGAUGCUUUUGCCUGUGGGGAACAGCAGUGAGUUAUUCAGCCACCCACCCCCUCUUUUUCCCACCUCUCGACUUUACAACAUACGGCCAUUCCAGCAAAAAGACAAGGUGGAGCUGUACCAAAUUCUACAUCAGUUGCACCAGGGGGGUAGAGAGGGCCAGGACGCUGCCAUCCCCCAUCCAGACUUUAUUGGGGACAGGUGUCUGGGUGCUUCUCUGGCCUUGUGCCCAGAGUACAGCUUAGUUCUGGAGGAUGAACUGGGUGUAUGUGGGUGUGCGUUGGGCAUUCUUGAUGUUCGUUCCUUUUCCAAACGAUUCCAGGCCACCUGGCUGCCCGCUAUGUGGGACAAAUAUCCUUCACGCUCUCACAGACCCAAUGGACAUACUGCAACAAAGGAGGCUCUGCUGUAUUUCCACGAAGAACAGGUCUACCCAGACUCCCUGCUGUAUCAUUUCCCAUCUCAGCUCAGGCUGGAGGCUCUUCCUGAACUGGUGGACUGCAGCGUUAGUCGAAGCCUCCUGACCGCCCUGCUGACUGCUCUAAAAGCUAACGGUUCACAAGGUGUAUUCUGCGAGGUCCAGCCCACAGAUGUAUUACGGAUAGAAUUUCUGACAAAACUCGGAUUUCUGGAGAUCCUUUGUGGAGAAGCACGGCCUAGAGAGGGUGUGGUUCUGGGGAGGCUGUUAUAAAUAAAUAUCCCAAACACACAAGAAUAAGUGGAAAAUAUAAAAUAAUUUUUAAAAUGAACUUUAAAUUUUGGGCAUGAAAAUAUGAAUGACAAUAUUUUAACAUGAAACAAUGUAUCUAAACAACUCCUUCAUACAGAGUCUAAAAUAUGGUAAAGAUUUGUCAUUUUACCAAAGGCUAUUUGGUCCAAACAAUUCAUUCAGGUAUCCAAACUUUUCCAGUGAAUGACAGAAAUUUGGCAUUAGACUUUAAAAAUAUAUAUUUUAUACUUUCAUGCCCCAUAGUCGCAUUGGACCUGGUGUAAACAGACCUUCAGGCUUCUUGGUCAGAGAUGGGGCUGUGAUUAAACAUACUGGACAAAAUGAGAGCUAAACAGUGAUCUGUUGUUUACAGCUUUAUCUUCACUAAUCAUCAUUCUGUUUGCUUUCUUACUACACCAUGCUUCUGGAGCUCUCCUAUUGGUUUACUGAAACCUUUAGCUCUGCCUUUUGGGUAAUUACAAUUUUUUUUUUUUUUUUAUAGACUGUUGUUACAGCUGUGGAUGGCUGUAGGAGCAAAAAGCACUCUUUCUCUUUUGUAUUCAGCACAGACACUUAAUCUUCCUUCCAGCCAGUCAUGGACACGUAAUAGUUCCUCCAAUGUACUCAAGCAGCCUUGAUCUCCACUCCUACAAGAUUGAUGAAUUAUUGUGCAUCUCACAGAGAUUUUUAUAGCUCUUCCAUUGAAUGGAAACACACUAACACACACACUAUAAUAAAAGGCAACAUUAUUGUUAGCUUAAGCCACUUUUUUUGUCCUUUCACUCAUGCAAACACACACACACAGGGUUGGGAGGGUUACUUUUGAAAUGUAUUCCCCUACAGAUUACAGAAUACAUGCUGUAAAAUGUAAUUUGUAACGUAUUCUGUUAGAUUACUCAAGGUCAGUAACGUAAUCUAUAUACUUUGGAUUACUUCUUCAGCACUGGUGUUUUUUUCACUAUAAAAACUCUGCCAGUACAGUAAGACAAAACACACGUUAAAAAUACAUUCUCUGAAAAACCUAAAUAUUUUAUACAGUGUUGUUUCUAAAACAAGAUUAAUCAAAUUGAUCUUGUUUUAAGGAUUUUUUUGAUAUGUUUACAGGAAAAUGAUACAAAAAUGAUAAAAAAUAUGAUUUUGCCCUAAUAUCAAAUGUCUUACUAGAAAAAAAGAAAUUAUGAUCCAACGUGAAUUUUCUCGAUAAAAAAUAUGAUCGUGCCUGGUAACGUGCAUGUAAAAUGGCUAGAAAUAGCAUUUUAGCUUAGCGUAAAGCUGACAAUUUACACAAGGUUUAUUUCUAUUUCUUCUGCUCCAGACUUACUUCAAACGUACUUCUCUGUCUGCUCGUAUGAAUGUAACACAUCAUAAGAAAGUGUUUCACCGCUGUUCAAAUGCACUUUGGAUCGCAUCAUUUAUAUGAAUAAAUGUUUUCUAUCUGAAAGGACUAAAUAUUAAAUGAAACAAAUGACAA